GUAUAAGGGCGCCGGGAGGAGCAAGAGAGGCACGGGCCGGGGCAAGGCAGCUGGUCGAGGCCAACAGCUUUUUCGCGGGGCUGGGAACGAUGGGUUCCCAUUAGCGCCCGAAGAGCCCCGGGUGAACCCACAGUCGCAAGUUAUCGAACUGCCGACAGCCGGGGUCCACUGCCUCCAGCUGGAUGUCCCCGUGUCCCAACACGACACAGAGACGGUGAAGACCACGUCACUCAAAAGCCUGUUUGACUUGGUCCACAUGUUCGGACUGGGCAUCACAAGACAGGAAAGCAAGACAGCAGCGGAGGAGAGCAACUGCAGCGUCAGUUCCGACACAGUGGAGGCUGCUGCAGAUUCCCCUGAUGACACUCUUGCCGAUGCCACUACCACCAGCUCAAAGAAAUCUGAUGCUUCCGCAGACAUUGCAACCAAGCUGGUGGCCAUUCUUAGUGCUUUCCUGGAUUCCGAGAGUUCCGAGUUGAGGACAGUUGCAGCUGAGGGUAUGGCCAAACUGCUGCUAUCUGGCAGAGUGGUAUCUUCCAAACUCCUGUCUCACCUCUUGCUGUUGUGGUACAACCCACUGACAGAGGAUGACAACCACCUCAGACACUGUCUCGGAGCCUUCCUGCCGGUGUUUGCCUUCGCUUGCAGAGCUAACCAGGAGUUGUUUGAGGAGGCGUUCAUGCCGACACUGAAGACCCUGCUGAAUGCCCCAACAUCCAGCCCUCUAAAUGAGGUGAACGUCAGCAAUGUGGGGGACUUCCUGGUCCAGCUCAUCAACACCAAACUCCUGGUGGUCAACCAGAACUCCCAGAGUCUAGUCACUGACAACCCAGGACACGACCACAUAGCUGUCCUGGUGAGUAACGAGAUCCUGUCCAACCCCGACUCCUUCAAUGUCAAGCUGUGGACACGCCUCCUGAACCAGCUGGACCUGAGCCCAGACACACAGCUCAAGGACAUGCAGGUGCUCUGUGACCAGAUGCUGGAGGUUGUGAAAGAAAAGCAAAGUGUGAAGGUCGUGGAGAAGUUUAAGGCAACUGUUGACUCCAUGCUUGCUGUCAAAACCAGCAGCACCAACGCUGAUGUUGUGCCCAAGACAGAAGCAGAAGGUGGUGAUGUCACCGAGGCUGAUGCCAGCAGUGCUGUUGCUGACUCGCAAGACCCCCUUCCAUCUUCACAGACCAGCACAGUCCCUGACUCACAAGACACGGUCGCUACCAGUGUCGAUAUCACCAGUGUCGUGUCCGAUUCGCAGGGCUCAGAUGUAGCUAUAAGUGUUGUUGACUCGCUAUCAGACUCACAGAGUACUCAGGUGGAGAGUUCCAGUCAAGGGGAGGCAACUGGAACUGUUACACCUGCAUUAAACACUACAAUAGAAAACAUGACUGCGUCUACCAAGAAUGUGAGAGUCAAACGAACAACAAGAGCUAAAUCAGUGAAAACACCUGCCCCAAUCCUGAUGCCCCAGGCCACCAAGACAGCCAGGUCAACGACAGGCCGACGCACCCGAACACAAGUUCAAGCAGACAGCGAGCUAGAGAACAGUGUAUUUGGCUCUCCGACUCCACUCCGAGGCAGCAAGGCAAAUAUAAAACAGGUUGAAUCACUAGAGCACACAAGGAGAAAUCUACAGGGUCUUCUACUGGAUGGCAAAGACAGUUCCCAGUCUGUCACUGAAGAACCCAAAACUCCUCGCAGUAAACGCGCUGGUACACGUUUGCAGAAGCGACCAGCACUUACAGACGUCAACGGAGACUGAACCUGUUUUGCAAGAACGUAUGACUUAAUGACUAAUACCAUCAAUGCCAUCACAACAAUCAGAGUAUCUUGAAGUUGACAUGAUUUUGCUGUGAGAUUGGACACCUUCAGCCAUUCAAGAAACACCAAGUUCAUCAGCAUAGCGAGUUAUAUAGGCUAUCAUCUGUCUCUUGUUCCUUUCUGUGUUCUAUUGUCACUACCAAUCAUUGAUAUUGUUUCUCAUUUGUACAUACUUUGUCCUUCAAUAAUGUCAUGAACAAUAAAAUUACUUGAACUAG